AUGAACGCCACCCGUGCUUUUCUGCUGGCCGCGGCUUCUUUGGCCGCCUGGGAACUGAGGCCAGCCUUUCUCCUGGCUUCGACACGGCCCGGCGGGGUGGCAGAUGUCCUGCGGAGGAGUCCAGACAAAGUCGCGCCCGGAACAGCUUCGAGUGCCUUUGGACUCGGCGCUGUGGCCGCCACGCUUGUUGGCGCGCAGGCAAGAAUUGCCGUCUUCCGAAAACGGCGCAGCCACCCGGUGAUCCGAAGCGCCGGGCCGGUCCUUUUCGGGAGCCAGGGUAGCCGAUCUCCUCUGGUCAACUGGUACCUCCAUGAGAUAGGUCAGGAGUUCGAAAUGGUCCCCGCAGCGCAAGUGGAUCGCACCUCCCCGGAGGACGCCUUCGCGGCGAGCUUCAACCGGCUUUCCCGGGAGCUAGGCCAGCGCUGGAGCGAGAUCAACAUCAUGCCGGAACUUCAGGCCUUGGUGGAGCACAAGAACUACCUCUACCGGAUCUCUGCCAUCUUGUCUGCGCGCUCGUUGUCCGAGGUGGUUGGUAGCGAUUUCAUCGACACCCACCUGGUGCCACUGGUCGCCCGGAUGGCCAACGACCCGGUGCCCAACGUGCGCUUCAACGCCGCAAAGACGAUCAAGGCCAUGCACGAGGUUUGCAUGUGGAGGCCACAGAACUUCAAUGACAAGCUCGUGCCUUGCCUCUACAAGAUGCUAGCCGACGAGGACCCUGAUGUCAAGUUCUUCGCUCAGAAGGCAAUCUCGGAAGUCGGUGCAAGCUGA